CUCCACCCGUCUGCCCUGCAGGAUGCUGCAGCUGAGCCUGUCCUGGCUGGGACUUGGGUCCUUGGCCGCCUCCCCGUGGCUGCUGCUGCUGCUGCUCGGGGCCUCCUGGCUCCUGGCCCGCAUCCUGGCCUGGAUCUAUGCCUUCUAUGACAACUGUUGCCGCCUCCGAUGUUUCCCGCAGCCCCCAAAACGGAACUGGUUUUGGGGUCACCUGGGCCAGGCGAAGAGCGAUGAGGAGGGCAUGCUGGUGAUGGAAGAUCUGGGCCACUACUUCCGUGACAUCCACCUCUGGUGGAUGGGGCCCUUGCACCCCAUCCUGCGGAUUGUUCACCCUAACUUCGUUGCUCCCCUCCUCCAGGCCCCAGCCACCAUCAUACCCAAGGAUAUGUUUUUCUACAGUUUCCUGAAGCCCUGGCUGGGGGACGGGCUCCUGCUGAGUGCCGGUGGCAAGUGGAGCCACCAUCGCCGCCUGCUGACACCUGCCUUCCACUUCGAUAUUUUGAAGCCAUAUGUGAAGAUUUUCAACAAGAGUGCAGACAUCAUGCAUGCCAAGUGGCAGCGUCUGGUCUCAGAAGGCCACACCCGCCUGGACAUGUUUGAACACAUCAGCCUCAUGACCCUGGACAGUCUGCAGAAAUGCGUCUUCAGUUUCGACAGCAAGUGCCAGGAGAAACCCAGUGAAUAUGUUGCUGCCAUCUUGGAGCUCAGUUCCCUUGUGGUGAAACGGACCGAGCAGAUCUUCCUGUACAUGGACUUCCUGUACAACCUCAGCCCCGAUGGGCAACGCUUCCGCAGGGCCUGCCGCCUGGUGCAUGACUUCACAGAUGCUGUCAUCCAUGACCGACGCUGCACCCUCUCCAAGGAGGGUGUUGAUGACUUCCUCAAGGCCAAGGCUAAGGCCAAGACUUUGGACUUCAUUGAUGUGCUCUUGCUGGCCAAGGAUGAAGAUGGGAAAAAACUGUCAGAUGAGGACAUCCGAGCAGAGGCUGACACCUUCAUGUUUGAAGGCCAUGACACCACAGCCAGUGGGCUCUCCUGGAUCCUGUACAACCUCGCAAAGCACCCAGAAUACCAGGAGCGCUGCCGGCAGGAGGUGCAAGAGCUCCUGAGGGACCGUGAGCCUGAAGAGAUUGAGUGGGACGACCUGGCCCAGUUGCCCUUCCUGACCAUGUGCAUCAAGGAGAGUCUGCGGUUGCACCCCCCUGUCACGGUCAUCUCCCGCUGCUGUACCCAAGACGUUGUGCUCCCAGAUGGCCGGGUCAUCCCCAAAGGGAACGUCUGUGUCAUCAGCAUCUUCGGGAUUCAUCACAACCCGUCUGUCUGGCCAGACCCUGAGGUAUACAAUCCCUUCCGCUUUGAUCCAGAAACGCCCCAGAAGAGGUCACCUCUGGCUUUUAUUCCCUUUUCGGCAGGGCCCAGGAACUGCAUCGGGCAGACGUUCGCCAUGACCGAGAUGAAGGUGGUCCUGGCGCUCACCCUGCUGCGCUUCCGUGUGCUGCCAGAGGAGGAAGAGCCACGCAGGAGGCCAGAGCUGGUCCUGCGCGCGGAAGGCGGACUGUGGCUGCGGGUGGAGCCGCUGAGCACAGGCCAGCAAUGACUCAGCACCUCUGGCCUGCGAUCCACCCUGACCCUAGACACCUCACUUUGCAGAUUCCCAGAAAUAAAACUGUGCUGUCA